AUGGCAGACUCGUCACCGCGGACCGUCCGAUUCUCGGCCGGCGACGACGACCACCCAUCGAAUCCGGAUCGCCGGCAAUCCGUCAUCGAUGAAGCCGACAAGGGCAAGAGCAACGUCGACGCCGACGCCGACGCCGACGCCGAGGACUCCUCCCCCGGCUCCGACAGCGACCCUCAGUCGAUGGGGCGGCACGAUGAGCUCGGCGGCCUCGACAGGUACGACGACCCCACCGAGGCCAUCAACGGCACCUCCCCCAAGAGCCAAUGGAACGCUGCCGGCGAGGAAGCGACGGCGGCUUUCGCCAACGGGAGCCGGCCCCAGAGGCCCCUGGGCCCGGCCAGGACGCCCUCCAACACAUACAAUCCGGCGACGUCUCGGAAGCCCACCAUGCAGCCGUCGACGGCGACGCCCUUUGUCGAGGCUCCCCAGUCGUCGAAGUCGCGACGAGGGCAGAGCGAUAGCCGAUUCCGCGCCCAGGAAAGGGCCUACAUCCAAAAGCUCCGCCAGGACUACUCGGCCGAGUAUUUCUCGUCCUAUCAAGGCAUGAACGGCAACGACUCCGACUCCGAGGGCGAGACCCCCGUAUCCGAGGGUCCGUACGACGAUCGCCUGGAUCAGGAGACCAUCAUGUUCUACGGCAACGACGAACUUCAGCCGACGGACGAGGACGCCAAGGACCCCGAGAAACGCGAGCGGCUCGAGUGGCACGGCAUGCUCGAAGCCGUCCUCACCGGCGACGUCGUUCGGCAGGAGAAGAAGCGGCUCAUAGGCUCCGCCGACCAGCAGUCGGGCAAGACGGCCCACAAGUCGGAGCUCUGGCUCGGCGUCAGGGCCGAGACCUGCGGCAGGCGCCUGCCCGUGCAGCGCCGCAUGGUCGAGGAGGCGCGCGCGACCCUCGACCGGACGCUCGAGGAGAUCAUCAACUUCGAGGUCAAGGGCGAGAGCGAGGUGGGAAAGCCGCCGCACGAGCAGGUCAAGGACGUCGUCAAGCGGAUUGAGGGGUGCGAGAGCCUGUAUCCCUCGUGGUCCUCCCUCGCCGCCGAGCACAAGCUCGCCGCCUCGCCCGCCUUCCACGAGGCGUACGACGCCAUCUUCUCCUGGCACAACACCAACGAGAUGAUCAACACGGAGCUCGCCAUUCUCAAAAAGUGGGUCGGCAACGACGAGCUCGACUUUGCCCGUACCAAGCAGAGGUCGCCGGCCGUCGACGGCAUCACCGCCGACGAGACCUCCUUCCUCGACAGGCUGAUGAAGGAGGACGGUCUCCAGUCGCUCUACAACGACGACGAGCGCUCCACCCAGAAGGGGAUGCUGUGGCCCAUCUCCUCCAUCAUCAGCAAGGUCAAGAGGACGCUCAUCCAGAACUCGGCGCCUUUUCAGAAGCGGCACCUUCCACCCUACCUCGAGGAGCUCCUGACCCUCAUCAGCUUCCCCUCACGCCUCAUCGAGGAGAUUACCAAGACGCGCCUCGCCUACGCCAGGCGGGUCAAGGAGACGGCCCAGCAGAACCUGCUGAUGCAGGACCAGAUGAUCUCGCAGUUUCAGCUGCUCCUCAAGUUCGCCAUCCGAAUCAAGCUGGAGUACCUGGCCAUCGAGAAACCCGAACCGGGCUGGGAGCUGCCGCCCUGCAUCGACGAAUCCUUCGACCAGGUCGUCCUCGAAGCUCUCAAGUAUUACUUCAAGAUGUUGAACUGGAAGUUGAGCGGCAACAAGAACACGUUCAAGGAGGCCGAGCUGCUCUUCCAGGAGUGGGACUUUGCCAACCACAUCGGCGGCCAUCUCCUCGGCGGCCAUAUCGAAGUGGCCGAGCAGUUCAGCUCGCUGACCUUCAAGGCCCUGAACCGGCUGAGCCAGACGUUCGAGAAGGAGCUGCAGGUGAAGCCGAGGGAGAGCGCGGCCGAGAUGAGCAAGCGGUACAAGGCCUGCUUGGACUCGGUCCGGGUGCGCCAGAGGAUGCUGCAGCGGUUCUCGAGGAUGCUGAGUGACAACUACGAGCACGCCUCGGAUUUCAGCAUCCCCCCGGUGCCGGAUGCCAUGCAGACCUUUUGCGACCACCUGAUCGCCUCGGGCCACUUUCGGCUGGAGACGGGCAUGUUCGAGAAGCAGGGCAUUCACAUCAUUGCGUCGUCGCAGAUGCACGGGAGGCUGCGCGAUAUACAGUCGAUGCUGACCGUCACCUCCACCGAACGCUUCCCGGACGACUACGCGGACCGGUACCUGCUCAUCCUGCGUCCCGAACGCUCGUUCAGCUGGUUCGGGGAAGUCGUUCCCGUCCGUCUCCGGCCGCAGGGCAUGGACUUGAAGCUCGGCCAGGUCCGGCUCUGCGCCUCGAGCUCGGAGACGCUACCGGGCGCACGGAGGGCCUUUAUCGACGCCGUCGACAUGCACGUCGAUCUCUUGCAAGAGUCGAGAUCCAACAUCCAGAAGGUGAACACGCGGCAGUUGGAAAUCCGCAGGGUCGCCUACAAGCUGUCCAACACCUUCAUGGACAGCGUCGAGGUGAUCCGGAAGCAAACGCAAGGGCGGGACUGCCAGGAGCUCAUCCAAACCUGCUUCGUCUUCGCCACCGAGUUCGGCCAGCGGUCCCUGCUGUACAUGGACAGCAACAGGCGGCAGAUGAACAAUUUCAAGCUCACCAAGCUCGCCCUCGACUGGGUGAGCUUCAUCUGCGACGACUGCAUCGCGUCGGACCGAAAGACGUUUCGCUGGGCCGUCCUGGCCCUCGAGUUCGCCACGGGCAUGACGCGGGGAAGGCACAUUCUCGCCCUCGGCGAGGAAGAGUACGAACGGUUGCGGACAAAGGUCAGCGGCUGCAUGUCGCUGCUCAUCUCCCACUUCGACAUCAUGGGCGCGAAGUCGAACCUGGCGGCCCAGGCGGAGAAGGAGAGGCUCGAGCAGCUCGUUGGGCAGUUCAGGAAGCUCGACAAGAACAGAAUGCUCUCCGACGAGGAGGCCUCGCGCUGCAUCACCGAGCAGCGGGUGGGGCAGCUCGACAAGGUGGACGAGUAUAGGAAGGAGAAGGAGGGUGAACGACGGAGUCUCGGCCGCGUGCUCGAGACCAACAACGAAGCGGACCGCUCGCUCGCCUACCUCUCGUCCUCGGCCACGAGCGUGACGAUGCGCUGGCAGCAGGGGCACUUUGUCGGCGGCGGCACAUUCGGCAACGUGUACUCGGCCAUGAACCUCGACAUCGGUCAGCUGAUGGCGGUCAAGGAAAUUCGGCUCCAGGAUCCGAAGCUCAUCCCGCAGAUUGCCGAGAAGAUACGCGAGGAGAUGGGAGUGCUGGAGGUGCUGGACCACCCCAACAUCGUGUCGUACCACGGCAUCGAAGUGCACCGAGACCGCGUGUACAUCUUUAUGGAGUUUUGCUCGGGUGGCUCGCUUGCGAACCUGCUGGAGCACGGGCGAAUCGAGGACGAGCAGGUCAUCAUCUUUUACGCUCUGCAGCUUCUCGAGGGACUCGUGUACCUGCACGAGCGGGGGAUUGCCCACAGAGACAUCAAGCCCGAGAACAUUCUACUCAACCAGAACGGCAUCAUCAAGUACGUCGACUUUGGCGCCGCCAAGGUCAUCGCUCGUCAAGGACGAACGCUGGCGGCGGACCUGCACGCGACCAAGCCCAACAAGUCGAUGACGGGGACGCCGAUGUACAUGUCCCCGGAGGUCAUCAAGGGUGAGAACCCAGGACGGGCAGGAUCGGUCGACAUCUGGUCGCUCGGGUGCGUCAUUCUGGAGAUGGCGACUGGGCGACGGCCCUGGGCCAACCUGGACAACGAGUGGGCCAUCAUGUACAACAUCGCGCAGGGCAACCCGCCUCAGAUGCCGACGUCGGAUCAGCUGGGGCCCGAGGGCGUCGACUUCCUGAAGCAGUGCUUCUGCCGGGACCCCAAGGAGAGGCCGUCAGCCAUCGAGCUGCUGCAGCACGAAUGGGUGCUGGCCAUCCGGAACCAGGUGGUGGACCCGACGACGCCGAGCGAGAGCGGCGCAUCGGUGUUGUCGACGCCUAUGUUGACGAGUUCCAGCCGAGGGAGCGCCGGGCAGGACGGGUCUUCGUAG